GGAGAAGUAGAGAAAAAGAAGGCGACGAAUCAAAGGCAAAAGGCAGGAAGCAGCAAGCAAAAUCGACGCCGCACGUACCGGGAGCAUUUAAAUAAUUUUUUCUGUGGAUUAAUUUAACCGAAAAGGCUUCAACAACACAAUGACUGAGCGCGAGAACAAUGUGUACAAGGCCAAGUUGGCCGAACAGGCCGAGCGGUACGACGAAAUGGUGGAGGCCAUGAAGAAGGUCGCCUCAAUGGAUGUCGAGCUAACUGUCGAAGAGCGCAACCUGCUGUCGGUGGCGUACAAGAAUGUGAUUGGAGCACGACGCGCAUCGUGGCGCAUUAUAACUUCAAUUGAACAGAAGGAGGAAAAUAAGGGAGCCGAGGAGAAGCUGGAAAUGAUCAAAACUUAUCGAGGCCAAGUGGAGAAGGAGCUGCGCGACAUCUGCUCGGAUAUACUGAAUGUGCUGGAGAAGCACCUCAUUCCAUGCGCCACAUCCGGCGAAAGCAAAGUAUUCUACUAUAAGAUGAAGGGCGACUAUCACCGCUAUCUGGCCGAGUUUGCCACCGGUUCGGAUCGCAAGGACGCGGCGGAGAAUUCGCUGAUUGCCUACAAGGCGGCCAGUGAUAUUGCCAUGAACGAUCUGCCACCAACACACCCCAUUCGCUUGGGAUUGGCAUUGAACUUCUCGGUGUUCUACUAUGAGAUCCUCAACUCGCCGGAUCGCGCUUGCCGAUUGGCGAAAGCCGCUUUCGACGAUGCCAUUGCAGAGUUGGAUACGCUGAGCGAAGAGAGCUACAAAGACUCGACACUCAUCAUGCAGCUGCUGCGGGACAAUCUCACAUUAUGGACGUCCGAUAUGCAGGCAGAAGAAGUAGACCCCAACGCAGGUGAUGGCGAGCCCAAAGCAGAAAUUCAGGAUGUUGAGGAUCAGGAUGUGUCGUAAUUUAAGUAACCCCCCGCCCUUCCAUUGAAAAAACACAUUAUAUACCUUCUAAAGUAAAUAUAAUACCAUAUAAUAUAUAUGCAUACAACAACAACACGACAGCAAAACAACAGCAACAAAAAACUGGAACCAACACGGCAUCAUCAUCCGCAAUCAAUACAAGACAACAGUAGUAGCAGACGCGGCAGGAUCAUCAAACACAAACAAGAAACAGCAACAGCAGCCAACAAUUAUUCAACAACAUUUAACAAUAAACAAGAGUGGAAAACGAAACAGCACAAAAACUCACAGAAAAAGAAAGAAAAAACCACAAAAA